UCUUGAUCCUCGUCGGCGCCCGUAGUUUCUGACAACAUCCAACAUGUCUGCCUCUACUAGCAGCAUCAAAGGAGCCGAACUCUCUAAGGCCGAGUACCUUAAACGUUAUUUAUCAGCUGACGAAAACUCCAGUAAAUCAAAAGGGAAGAUAAAAAAGAAACGACGCAAGGUUCCCGAGAGAGGACUUAAAAUAGUGGACGAUGAUAUAGACUGGAGACAUUUGGUCACAGAGCAGACGGAAAUUGAAGAGGAUGAAGAAGAAGCUCCAGUGAUCGCCGAGGUCAUUGAUGAACGACCAGAGGAAGUGAAACAGCUGGAAGUCUUUAGAAGUGGCAACAAAUGGAAAGUAAUUGGAGCUGAUGAAAACAAAGAAGAAGAUGAGGAGGAGAGGGAACAUUUGGAGCCUGUGGCAUCAAGCAGUAUUCCUUAUAACUCACCAAAACUGUCAUCAAAGGGAAAGAAGCAGGAGUCUCCUGUCAGAAAAACAAGACAUGACUCUCCAGACAUAUCGCCUCCCAGAAAAGGUCGCCACGAUUCUCCAGAUAUAUCUCCUCCUAGAAAAGGUCGCCACGAUUCUCCAGAUAUAUCUCCUCCUAGAAAAGGUCGCCACGAUUCUCCAGAUAUAUCUCCUCCUAGAAAAGGUCGCCACGAUUCUCCAGAUAUAUCUCCUCCUAGAAAAGGUCGCCACGAUUCUCCAGAUAUAUCUCCUCCUAGAAAAGGUCGCCACGAUUCUCCAGAUAUAUCUCCUCCUAGAAAAGGUCGCCACGAUUCUCCAGAUAUAUCUCCUCCUAGAAAAGGUCGCCACGAUUCUCCAGAUAUAUCUCCUCCUAGAAAAGGUCGCCACGAUUCUCCAGAUUUUUCUCCUCCUAGAAAAGGUCGCCACGAUUCUCCAGAUAUAUCUCCUCCUAGAAAAGUAAACUGUUUGAAUCCUGAAUAUUACCCUAAAAAAACUACUGAACAAAUUCAUUUUAUUUUAGCUUCAUCUCCUUCUCGAAGAAAGCCCAGCUCAUCAUUGCACAGUAAACGAUCACCGGAGGCUAAGAGGGCUCCAAAAAGGCACGAUUCAGACUCUGAUGUGUCACCUCCACGGAAAAAACCACUGAAGAGAGACGCUUCGGAUUCAGYCCAGUCUCCUCCAAGAAGACGCUCAAAAAAAAGACAAGACUCUGAUUCUGACCAGUCUCCACCCAGGAGGCGGCCACAGAGCGGAAAUAACUCAGAUGGAGAUUUGUCACCACCUCGUCGACCUGGACCAUCGCAGGGUCAGAGGAUGCUUUCAGGUGGAAAAGCAGGGCUUAUUUCUAUUGACYUUUUGAGGAAAGAGCAAGAAGAGAAUCGACGCAGAGACAAAAACAAUCAGCCGCUAGAAGAUGCAUCCCGCGGUGCCCAGACUGUGUUUCGAGACAAAAGCGGUAAAAGGAGGGACUUGGAUUCAGAAAGAGAGGAGCAGAAGAGAAAAGCAGGAGAAAAAGCUGCAAAGGAUGAGAAAUACGCUCAGUGGGGGAAAGGGUUGGCCCAGAACGAGAUGCGUCAGCAGAAACUUGAGGACGCUCUGCACGAAGCCCAGAAGCCGCUGGCACGUCACCAUGAUGACGAGGAGCUUGACCGCAUGCUGAGGGAGCAGGAGAGGGAGGGGGAUCCCAUGGCAGCAAUGCUCAGACGCAAAAAGGAUAAAAACAAAAAAACACAAGACAAACCUCGUUAUAAUGGCCCUCCACCUCCUCCAAACAGGUUCAACAUUAUGCCAGGUUAUCGGUGGGAUGGAGUCGACAGGUCAAACGGUUUUGAACAGAAGCGUUACUCACGGAUCGCUGAUAAAAAGGCCGUUCAGGAGGCAGCUUAUAAAUGGAGCGUGGAGGACAUGUAACGGCACCAGAAACUGACCGGUUGGGGUCCAGUAGAUGUUCUCUCGUCUUUGAAACCACCAGACACAUGAGGACUUUUUGUUCCAAACCUAUUUGAUACUAUAUUACAGACGUGACUGUGAAUGAGUAUAAAGUGAAAACAUGUCAAUGAUUUUGUUAUACCUGAGGCAGUGGGAAGCAAGAACAGAUGUAUGUUUUACUGUCUUAUUAAAAAAAUGGUUUUGUAAAGUUUUGUGCUGAGUAUUUAUAUACGACCCGAGAUUUUACUGCUCUUCAACUGUUUUAUUAUUAAUAUUUUAAAUACGUAAGCAAAGCAAGUAAUUUUUUUCACUUUUACAUGCUAUUUUUGUGUUUCUUAAUUGUACUUUAUUUGAAUAAAGUGUAUAUAAGAA